CAGGCCUUUAGGUAUCAACUUACAUAUUAGCUAUAUUUCAUUUUCAUGGAUCUCGCAAGUUUAUAUAGAGUUAUCUAACUCUCCGGCCAGUUUAGCUUCUUGUUUUCACAGCGCAUAUAUAAAUGGGAAUUGGGAAGUGAUAAAAUUUCAAAAGUCAAAUGCUUUUUCUACAGAGGUGUCAAAUGCUUUCUUUUCGUACAAGCUGUGAUGAGUUUAAUGUGGAAUCUUCAAGCAGUGAAAUACCAUUAAGCAAUUUAAGGUUGUUAGAUAGGACAAAAAGUCGGCUUCGAAAAUGAAUAAAAGCAUCAGUUUCUUCCCAAUCCGACUUGAUUCUUUACUGUCCUUAUUAGAGUAUUUCCUUUCAAUCCAUCUUACAGAGUUACAGACCAUUUUCCUUUCUUGCUUAGUUUUCUGUCUCGAUCAUUAAAACUUCCCAAUGGAAUCCCUUCUAAGGCCAUCUCCAUUUCUUACACUUUCAACUUCUCAGCUUAAAAAUUGUUAUUCAUUACUAAACCCUUCAGUUUUUUCUCCUAAACAAAGCAUUAAUCCGAGGAAAUGUCGUAACAGGAUCAAAAGCAGUAAGUUUGAUAGUUUUCUUGAUUUGGAGCCGACAUCCAAGCCAGAGGCUAUAGAUUUUGAUGUGUCAUGGGUGAACCCUUCUGAUCAUAGGAGUCGUCGCUUUGAUGUAAUCAUCAUUGGUGCAGGACCAGCUGGUUUAAGGCUAGCAGAGCAAGUUUCGCAAUAUGGGAUUCAGGUAUGUUGUGUUGACCCUUCACCGCUUUCUAUGUGGCCUAACAACUAUGGAGUUUGGGUUGAUGAGUUUGAAAGUUUAGGCCUUGAAGAUUGUUUGGACAAAACCUGGCCUAUGGCUUGUGUUCACAUCGAUGAUCUUAGGACUAAAUACUUAGACCGUGCCUAUGGUAGAGUAAACCGGAAAGAACUCAAGCAGAAACUGUUGAGUGGUUGUGUUAUGAAUGAAGUUAAGUUUCACGAGGCUAAGGUUUGGAAGAUAGAGCAUGAGGAAUUUGAGUCCUCUGUUGUUUGCAGUGAUGGAGUUGAAUUGAAGGCGAGUUUGAUCGUCGAUGCAAGUGGAUUUACGAGUCCUUUUAUCGAAUAUGAUAAGCCUAGAAACCAUGGUUAUCAAAUAGCGCAUGGUAUUCUAGCAGAGGUUGAGGAUCAUCCCUUUGACUUGGACAAAAUGUUGCUCAUGGAUUGGAGAGAUUCCCACCUAGGGAAUGAACCAUAUCUACGCCGAGAUAACUCAAAGAUCCCAACUUUUCUUUAUGCAAUGCCCUUUUCCUCAAACUUGGUAUUUCUUGAAGAAACUUCUCUUGUUAGCAGGCCUACAUUGUCAUACAGGGAUAUCAAGAGAAGGAUGGUGGCAAGACUGAGACAUUUAGGCAUCAAAGUAAAGAGUGUCAAAGAGAAUGAGAAGUGUUUGAUACCAAUGGGAGGACCACUGCCUAAAAUGCCGCAAAAUGUGAUGGCAAUUGGUGGAAAUUCAGGCAUUGUUCAUCCUUCAACUGGAUACAUGGUAGCUAGAACCAUGUCUCUAACCUCAAUUCUAGCUGAUUCAAUAGUUGAAUGCCUUGGGUCAACCAGAAUGAUCAGAGGGUCUCCACUUUAUCACAAGGUUUGGAAUGGAUUAUGGCCAGUUGAGAGGAGAUGCAUCAGGGAAUUCUACACUUUUGGUAUGGAGACUCUGCUGAAGCUGGAUCUUGAUGGAACAAGAGGAUUCUUCGAUGCGUUUUUCGAUCUGGAUCCUCAGUAUUGGGAAGGUUUCUUGUCAUCUAGGUUAUCUUUAGUUGAGCUUGCUAUGCUUUGCUUAUCUCUAUUUGGGCAUGCCUCAAAUCCUUCUAGAUUGGAUAUUGUUACCAAGUGCCCUGCUCCUUUGAUUAGGAUGAUGGGUAAAAUGGCUAUAGAAACCAUUUGAUGUUUGUUACAAGGCAUUUAACUUAUAGAAGUCUAAAAUGCUGCCAAAGCUUGCAAGAUAACUUAUUGUUCUUUUUCAAAUUGUAUUUCAUCUGUCAUUUGUUGUGGACUAACUGCAUCUUAUUAAUGAAGCGAUGUCUUUAUAAACUUUAAGGUUUAUGCAAUUUAGGUUCAGGUGUUAGUAAUUGCAAACAG